CUGCACUACGGGACCCUCCUGGGCAGCAGAGCUUGUGCCCACACGGCAGCAGCUGCCUGGGCCAGUGCCUUUCUCACUGCUCUGCUGCACACAGUCAAUACAUUUUCCCUGCCCCUGUGCCAUGGCAAUAGCCUGGGCCAGUUCUUCUGUGAAAUCCCACAGAGCCUCAAGCUCUCCUGCUCCAAAUCCUACCUCAGGGAACUUGGGCUUCUUGCUGUUAGUGUUGGUUUAGCCUUUGGCUGUUUUGUGUUCAUGGUUUACUCCUAUGUGCAGAUCUUCAGGGCCGUGCUGAGGAUCCCCUCUGAGCAGGGCCAGCACAAAGCCUUUUCCACCUGCCUCCCUCACCUGGCUGUGGUCUCCCUGUUUGUCAGCACUGGCUUUUUUUCCUACCUGAAGCCCCUCUCCAUCUCCUCCCCAUCCCUGGAUCUGGCAGUGUCAGUUCUGUACUCGGUGGUGCCUCCAUUCCUGAAGAGGAGGGAUCUUGAAAGACUGGUGAAGAACCAGAAGCCGUGGAAGUUCACCAAGUGCCUGAGGCUGCAGGAUCAGCUCCGCAGGGCAUGGAGGACACAGCCUCGUCUGUCGGGGCUCGGCUGGCUGCGCUGCUGGAGAUCUGCAGAGAGCUGA